AGGGAGAUGAGGAUGGACCGCGGGGAGAAGGCGCAGGCUACUUCCUACGCGUGGGAGAGCUGCCAGCAGCCGUUAUCCCCCGGAAGCCGAAGCAAGUGGGUGAGGCUGAAUGUGGGGGGCACGAUUUUCCUAACCACCCGGCAGACCUUGUGCCGCGAGCAGAAAUCCUUCCUCUGCCGCCUGUGCCAGGGAGAGGAGCUGCCGUCGGAUCGGGAUGAAACGGGUGCAUACCUCAUCGAUCGGGAUCCAACGUAUUUUGGGCCAAUUCUAAAUUUCCUCCGACAUGGAAAGUUAGUACUGGAUAAAGAUAUGGCUGAGGAAGGGAUUUUGGAAGAAGCUGAAUUCUACAACAUCGGGUCUCUGAUCAGACUAAUCAAGGAGAGGUUGGAGGAAAAGGACUACACUAUAACACAGGUGCCUCCAAAGCACGUGUACCGGGUGCUGCAGUGUCAAGAGGAGGAGCUCACCCAGAUGGUUUCCACCAUGUCAGAUGGAUGGCGCUUUGAACAGCUGGUGAAUAUCGGGUCAUCCUAUAAUUACGGGAAUGAGGACCAGUCGGAGUUCCUGUGUGUGGUCUCGAAGGAGCUGUGUGGCUCGCCCAGUGCCCUGUGUCCUGAGCCCAGCCGAAAAGUCAAGAGCUCAGAAGAGAAUCUGGAGGAGGAAGGGCAGAAGGAGCAAGAAGAGCAGCUGCAGGAAGUCAAGCUGGAACGAGAACUGGAGGAAGCCGAAGCAGAGGCGGAGGAGCAGGGUGAGAAAGGUGCAGCACACCUCUGAGAAAAGGGAUGCCGACAAUCAAGCCCAGCCCCCCAAGCCUUUUGCCUCCUUCUGGUGAGAGCUCCUGCACCAAGGGAGGGGUGCACGGGAAUGCUUUCAGCAGGGGGCAAGCAGUACAGGGUGGCCAAGGCUCAACAAGAGAUGGGGCAGAACAGUUCCUUCUGGCAGCUGGUGCAUUUAGGUGUAAACCGUUACAUUUUUCUACAACUCUGAAUUGGCAGCAGGUUCAUCCUCCCAGGAUUUUGCUGGUUCUUCCUCCUGUUGCAUCCUGCCCGUUGCGGGCUCCUCUCACUUGGCUUCUGCUUUUUCUACCCUGUCCCUGUCUCAGUGAAUCCGGUUGCCUCACGCCUCACCUUCCUGUAAGUGCUGGUUUCCUCUUCCUCUCCCGUGCUGAGAAUCCUGUGUUCUACCCCAGUCAGUGGCCAAAGGAAACUUCCUGCUGAUUAUGUGCAGCAGGUUUUCUUUCUCUUGCAUGGGCCCCUGAUUUGGGGAGGGACCAUGGUGCUCCAGGAGGAAGGGGGCUGAACAACAACAACUCCUCCCCCUCCCCACUUUCUCCCCCCCCCUCUCUCUCACACACAGUUUUCCCCCCUGGGUUAAACAAAAGAGAAGCAGCCCCAUUUGGAGUCUGGAGGCAAGGCUGGAAUUUUGCAGGGGGAGUGCGCAUGUUUACCCCUCUCCUCCAGAGUGUGACGGUCCCAAUCUGAGUUGGGGCUGUGAGUGCUUUUAGGAGAGUAAGAAAAAAGAUCAUUCAUAGCUGCAAUAUGCAUGAUGAGCAGAACGCUUCAUAUGGCCUUGGAUUUUUCCUCCUCCUCUGCCUCCCACCCCUCCUCUGCAUCUCGGACUUGUGCAAGUGACCAGCAGCCUUCCGUUCUCUCUGUUGGGCUCUUCUGGGGGGCUGUCAUGGUGUCAGGCCCUUCCUUGCUCUGAUUUGUCUUCCAGGGUUGCUCUUGCAGUUCCUGGGGCAGAAGGUGAAAAAUUCUGGAGCUGGGGUGGUGACAUGUAAAGACAUGCCGUUGUUUUAGGCAACUCUCUUUGCAGCAACUCAGUCUGUCAAAUGCAACGUGCUUGGUGGUGGAGCUUCAGCUAGAAGUCUUCCCCUCCUCAAUUCCUUGAGAUCAUACCAACUGGAGAAGCCAGAGACUGAGUCUGGGCAUCUUCUGUGUGUGGCACCUGUGCUCCCCCAGUUCAGCAGAUACGAGCCCUCCCAAAGCGGGCAACAGUGCUGCUUCCAUUGAAAUCAGAAAGAAAACCACAUUCUGCCCUGCAGAAAUCUACAAUUACUGCUCAUGAUUAACUAUGCAGGUUUACAUUCUGCUUAAUAUGACUAAUUCUAAGAAUUGCCAAGAGCAAACUCGGUGGCCUGUCAAAACCGAGUGGAAGGGAGAAUCUGGGCCCCGAAGAAGCCGCUGGUGAGGAAACAGCAGAGCUCACCAGACCUGCCCUGACAUUCCCUGCUUGUUGCUCCUCAGGCCCUCUUUGUCAGCCUCCCCACUUCCCCUUCUUGUCUCAUAACCUUGAAAUCUAGAAACUUAACAUUGGGAUUCCCAAGAAGUCUGCUUCUGUGGCAGAGUCCACGUGUUAGUAGCAAUCCAAUACAGCAUUAAGUGCCCUUAAAGCCAUUGAUUUCUGCUAGAAAUCCAAUGAGAGGAAGACUGUAGCUACCACUCAUCAUCCCAGAUCCAUGAGCUCUUCUCCCGGAAUGGCUGCCCUUUCCCCUAGGAAGGCAAAGCACAGUUGCUGGCAUGCAUGCUUGGCAGUGCCCCGGUCUGCCUUCCUUUCUCUGUACAGAUGCCAUUUCCCUCAUGGGAGCAGAGAUUGCAUGGGAGCUCCUCACCCAAGGGAAGCAUGCUGGCCUCUUCCUCAGCUUUUGCCUCCUCAGGCUGUAGGAGCGCCUCGUUUUUGCUCUGGAAGUUUUGGGAUACCAUGGCACAGCUCUCCCUUGGCUCAUCAUCUGUGGUAAGAGGCUAGAGGGUCUAGGAAAUGCCAGUCUCACCUUUCCUUUCUGAUGCGGAAACUCCUUGGCCCUCAGCUGUGGCCUGAGCAACGUAUAGUCUCAUACCCCAUGUGUGGGCAGACGGUGGUCAGAUUCCUGGCUCACAUGCCACAGUAAGCCGUUUGGGUUAAUUCAGCCACAGAGGCUCUGUGCUGUGUGUCGACCCCAUGCUGUGAUUGCAAGCCACAGCAGGGCGCACCAUUAUUUGUUGUGUCAUGCGUACCCGGCAAGAGUGGGCAGUUGGCGUGGUUAACAAAGCACCCACAACCCACAAACCAUUUUAGAAUUGUAGGUGGCUUGUCAAUUACGCCUUCCCCUGCAUGCCCUUUUCUGUCCCCCACGUGGUUUGACACUGGCCAUCAUUUUGCAUUUGCAAUCAGGGAGCUCCCUGCUUGAAUUAACUCACAGUGGCUUGCCCUGAUGUAUGAACAGCCCCUUUCCCUUUUCUGCAUCAUUUCAAGUUGGUGUCUCUCUUUUUGCUUGACGUCUUCUGCCUCCUGCCUUUGUUUCAUUCUCAUCACUUUUUCAGUUGUUACAAGUCCCGGUGUCUCAGGAUAUGCUGCUGCUGAUCCAUGUCUUUUUUUUAAAGAAUGUUUUUUUAAAUCUUUAUUUUUGUACUGUACUUUGUAAAAAAUAAAACAAAACACAACUUGGGUGGGUGGUUGUAGUUGGGGUAAUACUGCAUUUUGCCCUUUUAAAAUAGCACUCUUGUUGCUUUUUUGCAUUUUUGAAGGGAGUGGUAUGAUUGCUUUUAAUCAUUGCUCCAGUAUUGAUGAGGGUGGGGGUUGUACCUUAAAUAGGGUUUUCUCCAGUGCAGAGCUGGUGUUCCACACUCACAGCAACUCCAAAUCAUGACAGCCACUGAUGUGCCUUUUCUCUCUCUUGUCCCCCACUUCCAGUCUGCAAGGUGGGAGGAAGCCUAACAAAUGGUAAAAGUCUGUACUAUGGUUAUCAAAUCUGCUUCAAACUUUGCUAGCAGUCAUGCUUCCUGACCAUGCAAUCCUGGGAACUGUACGUCUAGAAGGGCUUGCGUUGCUUUAAGCAAAGAAUUUCUUGUAUUAUGCCAUGAACUACAAUUCCCAGAUUUCUUUAUGGGAGGCCAUUACUGUUCAGCUAGUUUUUAUAUGUUGGAGUAUAGGAAUUUGCUCAGCUACCAAAUUCUUUGCUCAGAAGGAAGAGGACCAAUAUAUCCCGUCUUCUCCCAGAACUAUUUGCAUUUGAGUUUUUUUUUUUUUUUUAACAACGCACGUGCCAUUUCCAAUGGCAAAAAGCAGCAAAAGAACUUGGGAGUGGUAAAGCACCCCAGUCUCUUGUGGGUAUUGGUAGGCUGGGGUGCUUACUCAUGAGUAGAUCCGCUGGAUGUUUGUUCAGAUGGUUGCUGCUACAGGCCUUCCUGGAGAGCAGAUCCCAUAUUGCUUAAGCUUUUUAGGACAGCAGAGAGAAAAACACCUGCCCGAACCAAGUGCUUAUUGCUGCAAGUGGAUAAAGCGAUUGCGCUCUUGUCAAGGAUAUGAUGUCAGCCAGAUCAAUUCCUUUUGAGACCGUACUGUGUACGGGAGCAGGGAUGCAAGCUGGAUGCCUUUUAGAAUCUCCUGACACAGCAGGGGCCGCACUCACGCUCGCCUCUUUGCUCCUCGAUCUGCCGUGAUUGAUCCUGUUUUGCUAUGUGGCAAGCAGAAACUGUACGGCAAGCUAUCUACAAUCCAACUGGGGGAUUUUAAAGGGAUGUGAGUACCCUCUGGCAUGUAAUCUAGGCAACCCUAUAGGAGAUAAAAGCAACUUCAAUAUUCCUAGUGAUUGGACAUGAUUUCUAGCAUGAGUCUUCCUCUUGCACCUUCUUCCGUAAUUAUAGAUGGCAAGUGUUCUAUAUGGCUGUUGUGAGAUGCACUUCUCUUGCCACCUGCCAUUGUUCUUGCUAUCACUUGGGUAGUGACAUUCUGUAAAGUAGACAAGAUGGUCCCCCCACAGGCUUGAACCCUCAACCCCCCCCCCCCGUCAUCGAGACACAAGUUUCAUUUCGAUAAACAGAAAUGAAAACAGGAUAUUUCUUGGGGUAUCUCUUAGUAAGAGGACACAAUUUACUUCUGAGAUAAAGCCAAGCAAUUUUAGUAUGGUGGCACUACCAAUAAUUGUUAGACGGGAUGGUAGCAUGAAAUUGUGCCUGAGGUUGCUGUGUAAGAACUCUUGAAUAAAUUUUACAGAGCAUGA